AUGGCGGCCGGGCAGAGGCGGGGCCAGACACCCACCCGACCGGCACUACGUGUCCCAGCAAUCCCGGCGCUCCCCCGCGUUCAAAGGGCGGCGGGGGGUCGCGCGCAAAGCACGCCGGGAGUCGUAGUCCCCCGGUGCCCCGUAGGCGGCUCCGUCACGAGUGCCGGCGUGGAGCACGCCUCGCGUGGGCCGGGAGCCCGGCCGGGAAACAGGCUGAGAAACUCCUCCCCAUUUUUAAUGAGAGAAAGAAAAGAAGAGAUCUUGUUGGAAAAGCAGAGGGCUGCAGCUCCUCCUGCCAUCCCAAGGCAGAAGUGCAGGAAUCACGAAGGGCCGGUCUCCUCAGAGGCCGCCAUUACCGCCCCGCUCUGCCCCGCCCCACCCCUCCCACCGGGACGCGGGGCUUGA